AUGCAAGCGCGUUUUAUGCUCCCGGCCGCAGCACGUCCCUUACGCAAGGCGCUGCAGGUCUCUGGAACCUCUUUUACUUUGAGUAGUAGCGCAAUCCCUGGCCGUUAUGGUGCUUUCUCGUCUCAGCUCGAGCGCCCCCGCUUCCAGUCCACGGCGACGCAGCGCGUCGAGUCCUCAGACGGAGGAGAUGCCAUCAGCAUUCGCCCUUGGGAAAAACCAUUAAUUGCCGAGGUGUACAGUCAGCUGCGGGGUCAGCAUAUUCCAUCCCGCACCUCGCAAACACCGAGAUCAGUUCCAGGCGCGGCCUCGGAGGGGGGGAGAGCUGAGCCUACCCCGCUGCCUGGUUGGGAUUUCUCCCCAGAGGAUGAGAGGGGCCUCCGCUUUGGCGCUGCCUACAUGCUCUUGACGCUGGCGUGGAACCGCAAAUUUACUCGCCUUAGGGACUUGCUGGUGAAUGCAAAUCGGGCGAGAGAAGGUUCUAAGCAGGUCGUAUCUCGGGUGCUCUCAACGAUUGCAGCUGACCUUUCACCUUCGGGGAAGCUGCAGAGUGCGUCGGACUCUCCCGCUGAGGGCUGCAGAAGCGGCAAGGGAAAGUGCAAGGAGAGUCCUUCCGAAAAGUCGGGGGGGGAUGCAUCCACCAGCAGCAGUUAUGGCCACGUAGCGCCAGAAAAUAUUCUUUCAGGGCUUCAUGGCUGCUGCAGUCCGCAGCUGCAGCAGCUGUUGCAGCACCAAGUGGCCUUUCUCGCUCAGCGUGGCCUCGGCGUUCAUUCUGUCGUUCGGCCGCAGCGAGUCGUAGUUGACGCUGUAUAUGGCAUCGUUGGCUGCACCCGAGGAUCGAACGCAACCUCAACAGUGUUGUUGCAACACGGCUCUUUGCAUGUGCUGCUGCGUCGUGGCACAAACAGCAGCAGCAGCAGCAGCCUGGGCACACCGGCGACGCUGUACAUGCCGAAGCCACGUUCAUUUGACUUUGAGGGGGCAGUAGCGGCCGCAGAGGCAGCCACAGACGCGUCGGAGCAUCCAAGGAUGACUGAAAAGCCUAGGGAGGACGAAGGAGAAGGGCGAGGGGAAAUGACGGAAGCCGGAAAGAGGGCCUCCUCAGAGGAGUCUCUGACCCCAGUAGAGCGAAGGCAGCAGCAGAUGGCCACAGAGGGCCUCUGGAGAAAGCGCGCGAGGGAGCAGAUGCAUGACAUCCUCAAGCAGCCGCUUACAUUCAGGCAGUUUAUGAACAUGUGCGCCGACUGCGGCACCGUACUGGACCGGGGUUUUGUGGUGGCCAUAGACUUCAAGUUGCUCUGCGUACAGCAGCUCGCCAUCGUCGAUGCAGACGGCAAUAUUGUGAUGGGUUCUGAAGAAGAUGAAGCGGCUGUUCACACACUGAGACUCGAACUUAACGCAAAGUUCGACCCAAACAAUUCGAACUUUAUCUUUCCCGCCUUUGAACCAAGUGGCUGGCAACUCAUGGACUGGAAUUAUGCCGUUGGGCCUCAGUACCCGGUAGACCCUCGGGAGAUAUCCAAUGUCGUUUUCCACGUGGACGUGAAAGGUAGAGGAGAAACCCCCCCGUGCCCACACGUUUUUGCUGUCCCCUGUUUGUAUAUGGACGCGAUGUUUCUUUGUUGA